AUGCUUGUCCUAGGCCUAUACGAUAUGUGUGCGAUCGGGGUGAACUCAUUGCUGACCGGAUACUUCUGGAUGAUCGGCGCAAACUACUGUUUAAUGCCCCGCUUGAUGUAUGUCGCUGGAUCUGCCGGGCUGGGUUUAUGGUGCGGCGCAUGUAUGAUUUGCUUCGUUCUAGUCAUCAAUCGGCUGCUCGAUCUUUGGAAUAAGCAGGUGAUGCAAAUGGUAAGUGACUUCUGUGGCUUGCACGUCAAGCGAUGA